UCUCUCUUUUGGUUUGAGUUGGGAAAGAUAAAAACAAAGGCGAAUACUACAUAAUAAUAGCAACAAUUCACCCGAUACAAGUUGUUAUACACGCACACAAUUGUGUAUAUAUAUCAAGAAACAAUAAACAAAAGCGCCCCCCCUCCGCCUUCUUCCCACCCCGCAACCGGGCAGUAGUCAACGCCGCGAAAUGGCCAGGCAAAGCGCCGCCCGUCAUCUGGCAGUCAUCUGCAGCUUGGUCGUGUUUAUCGCAAUCUCGACCAGUUUCUGCUCAGCCGGCACAUUUAACCAACGUCCCGCGUUCCCCGUCCAAACCGGUCAGAUUCAGCCCUCGAGUGGUAACAACAACAACAACAACAAGCAGCCAGGUCGACGCGUCAUGCAUCCAGCCUUUGCCAAUGCCGGCCGCGCUCCUGGCCUGGAGAUCUGGCGCAUUGAGAAUUUCGAGCCCGUGCCGUAUCCGCCCAACAACUAUGGCAAAUUUUACACUGGCGAUUCCUUCAUAAUUCUGAAUACCAAGCAGAACCCGAAGGACAAGCAGCUCACAUGGGAUGUGCACUUCUGGCUGGGCUCGGAGACCUCCACGGAUGAGGCUGGCGCAGCGGCUAUAUUGACCGUGCAGCUGGAUGACAUCCUCAAUGGCGGACCCGUGCAGCAUCGCGAGGUGCAGGAUCACGAGUCCCAGCUGUUCCUCGGCUACUUCAAGAACGGUGUUCGCUAUGAACAGGGCGGAGUUGGCACCGGCUUCAAGCACGUGGAGACAAAUGCUCAGGGCGAGAAGCGUCUGUUCCAGGUGAAGGGCAAGCGCAAUGUGCGCGUCCGCCAGGUGAAUCUGUCUGUCUCCUCGAUGAACAAGGGCGAUUGCUUCAUACUGGAUGCCGGCAACGAUAUUUACGUCUAUGUGGGCGCCCAGGCCAAGCGCGUGGAGAAGCUGAAGGCCAUUAGCGCAGCGAACCAGAUUAGAGAUCAGGAUCACAAUGGACGCGCCCGCGUCCAGAUCAUUGACGAGUUCAGCACAGAUCUAGACAAACAGCAGUUCUUCGAUGUGCUCGGCUCCGGCUCGCCCGAUCAGGUGCCCGAGGAGUCCACCUCCGACGAGGACGGCGCCUUCGAGCGCACCGACGCCGCCGCCGUUACCCUCUACAAGGUGUCCGAUGCCAGCGGCCGGCUCCAGGUGGACACCAUUGCCCAGAAGCCGCUGCGUCAGGCCAUGCUGGAUACGCGCGAUUGCUUCAUUUUGGACACCGGCUCCGGCAUUUUUGUGUGGGUGGGUCGCGGUGCCACGCCCACGGAGAAAUCGGAUGCCAUGGCCAAGGCGCAGGAGUUCCUGCGCACCAAGAAAUAUCCUGCCUGGACGCAAAUCCAUCGCAUCGUCGAGGGCGCCGAGUCGGCGCCAUUUAAACAAUAUUUCGAUACAUGGCGCGAUUCCGGCAUGGCACACACACGACUCGUGCGCUCCGCGCUGAACAUCGGCUCGGACGAGUCACUGGAUCUGGACGAGAUCGAUGCGGUCGUGCAGCAGCUGAAGAAGAGCGGCGGCCGUGCCAUCGGCUUCAUGCCCGAUCAUGGCCAGAACAGCAUUGGCGACAUCGUCCAGUAUGUGAGCGAGCCGGGCAGCAAUGAGGUGCUGCGCAACCGUGUGCCCUUCGAGGAGGAGUUGCCGCUGCUCGGAUUCGGCUCCUAUGUGCUCAGCUACAACUACGAGGCCAACAACGGUGACAAGGGCGUCGUCGUCUAUGUCUGGCAGGGUGCCAAGACUAAUGCGGCCGUCAAGGAGCGCGCCUUCGAGGACGGCCUGGCGCUGGCCAUCGAGCAAAAGGCGCUGCUGGUGCGCACCACGCAGGGACACGAGCCGCGUCACUUCUACAAGAUCUUCAAGGGCAAGCUGCUCGAGUCGUACACGGCGCUGCCCGUCUCCUCACAGCUGUUCCGCAUACGCGGCACCGUCGAGAGCGACGUCCAUGCCAGCGAGGUGCCCGCCGACAGCUCUUCGCUGGCCUCCAGCGAUGCUUUCGCGCUGGCCUCCACCAAGACGCACAAGGUGUACGUCUGGCAUGGCCUGGGCGCCUCCAGCUUCGAGAAGGAGGCGGCCACAGCACGCUUCGCCCACUACUGGAGGGAUGCUAAGCUGGAGCUGGUCGAGGAGGGCGCCGAGCCGGAUGAGUUCUGGGAGGAGCUGAACGGUGAGGGUCAGUACGAUCGCAAUCUGGAGGAUCAUACGGCGCCGCUGCUGGAGCCGCGUCUCUUCCACUGCCGCCUGACACGCACCGGUCGCGCCAAGGUCGAGGAGGUGGCCGAUUUCCAGCAGGAGGAUCUCGACACGGACGAUGUCAUGCUGCUCGAUGCCGGCGACGAAAUCUACCUGUGGGUUGGCGCCGGCGCCACAGCCGAGGAGAACGGCAAGAUCUUGGACAUGGCACAGCGCUAUAUCGGCUCGGAGCCCACCGCCCGAACCAUGGACACCGUGAGCAUUGUGCGCGUCACCCAGGGCCACGAGCCGGGCGCCUUCAAGCGCAUGUUCCCCGCCUGGGAGGACAGCUACUGGCAGUCCCUGCCCUCCUAUGAGGACAUUAAACGCCAGAUUAUGGAUGCCAACAACGAGGUCUGAUGUGGAACUCUCAGCUAGAAUACUCAGCAAAACUGACCAAAAAAUUUAUGUUCGUUUUUGCCUUCAAAAAAAUACGAAAGAAAAAAAAAACUUCAAUGUAAUGUAUUGUUUUUUCUAUGUAUUAAAUGGAAAUG